AUGGCCGAGGCCACUCUUCACAACGCUCCCAUCGUCAUCGACAAUGGCAGUGGGACCAUCCGCGCCGGUUUCGCAGGAGAGGAAAUCCCAUCAUGCUACUUCCCGUCGUUUGUUGGGCGACCAAAACACCCGCGGGUGAUGGCCGGCGGUCUGGAAGGCGACGUUUUCAUCGGGCAGCGCGCACAGGAGCUGCGCGGGCUGCUGAAAAUCCGCUAUCCGCUGGAACACGGCAUCGUGACGGACUGGGACGACAUGGAGAAGAUCUGGCACUACGUGUACGAGAACGAGCUGAAAACGCUGCCCGAAGAGCACCCGGUGCUCCUGACCGAACCGCCGCUCAACCCCCGCAAGAACCGCGACACCGCCGCCCAGAUCAUGUUUGAGACCUUCAACGUGCCCGCCCUGUACACGUCCAUCCAGGCCGUGCUGUCGCUGUACGCGUCCGGCCGCACAACCGGUGUGGUGCUGGAUUCAGGGGACGGCGUCUCGCAUGCCGUGCCGGUGUUUGAGGGUUUCGCCAUCCCCAACAGCAUCCGGCGCAUUGAUGUGGCCGGCCGCGAUGUCACGGAACAGCUGCAGCUGCUGCUUCGCAAGAACGGGCAUGUCUUGCACACCAGUGCGGAAAAGGAGGUCGUGCGGAUGAUCAAGGAGAAGGUCUGCUACGUGUCGCUGGAUCCGAAGCGCGAAGAAAAGGACUGGAUGAAUAGUUAUCACAAGUCGGAGACUAAAGCGGUGGACUAUGCGCUGCCCGAUGGGCAUAAGAUCAAGAUCGGACAAGAACGCUACCGCGCCCCGGAGAUCCUGUUCGACCCUGAACUCAUCGGGCUGGAGUACCCCGGUGUGCAUCAGAUUGUUCAAGACGCGAUUACCCGGACGGAUCUGGACCUGCGCAAAUCGUUAUACCUCAACAUCGUCUUGUCCGGUGGAUCGACGCUGUGCAAGAACUUCCCGGACCGACUGAUGCGCGAGAUUAAGCGAUUGGCUGUGGAGGACAUGAAGAUUCGAAUCUCUGCUCCGGCCGAGCGAAAGUACACCACGUGGAUUGGAGGAGGAAUCCUUGCUGGGCUGAGCACUUUCAGAAAAAUGUGGGUAAGCGCCGAUGAAUGGCAUGAAGACCCUGAGAUCAUCCACCGGAAGUUCGCCUAG